CAUCAAAUGACUUCUUCCGCCCAGGGCCGGGCGGGAGGAAGUGUCAGUCUCUUACUGACUAAAAACCCCCUUCUCCUGCUCUGGGCCGAGGUCGCGGUGCCUCAUUGCGCUUCCCCCGCAACCCUAGGCAUCAACGACUACGUUGCGAUUCCAUAAAUCAUAACUAGCAUUUAUUGUAAACACAUUGAUUGUAGAAAAUGAAGUAUGUAUGUUGGACUAGAAAACGUUGAAUAGUUUACCGAACGCUGCCCAUCCAAAUUCUAUACGGCGACUGCCGUCUUUCUCAAUACAUCUCUAAAUCCCAGUUAUGUCUAUUCGUCGACAACUUCGAACGUAACAUUUUGGGCUUUCGACAGGACCUUAUCCUUACAGAUUUUGAAGAUACACCUAAGAUAUAUUCCAACGAAUUCAGUGAGCUCCGAAACGAAUCGUGUGUUACGAUAGAAUAGGAGUAUCCGAUUUGUACCAAAAUCGGAUAUUGUAUCUUGAUGCGAUGUGUAUCGGCCAGGUCUAUGCUAUGUCAAUGUCAAACAAAUGUCAAAACAACAGGGAAGCCGAAGUAUCGGUAGCUUUAUUUUUACGUUUGUUUUCAGAUUUAAUUUUGCAGAAUUUGUUAAUAAUAUCAAUAAUAACUUUCUAUAAAUCUAACUAUAAUCGUUUCAGUAAACAUGUCCCAAAUGGAACAGCUAUCCUUAUCUUGGGAUUCCCACCAGAAAAGUAUUUGUAAUGGACUAAGCGCACUGCAGCAGCGUGGAGAGUAUGUGGAUAUGACGCUGGCUGCAGACGGUUACUAUGUGAAGGUCCAUCAGAUGGUUGUGUCACUAGUGAGCCCAUACCUCAAGGAUCUGAUAUCAACAGCCCCAUGCCCACAUCCAGUUAUUUUUCUUUAUAAUAUAUCAUAUACUACACUAAGUGCUAUAUUAGAGUACAUAUACACAGGAGAGGUGCAGGUACCUCGACAUAAACUAGAAGAACUACUUAGUGCCGGGAAAGCUCUGCACAUAAAGGGACUUAAGGAAAUGGAUGAAAAUAAACUUCCAGAAGAGAGCAGACCACAUGGAAGCAUCCCAACUAACUUAAGUAUAACAGAAAAAUUGAAAGCUUUCAAACAGAAGAAACAUGCCCAGGAACAGAAUAUAACACCACCGCCAGAGCCUAUAUGCAAAAUUUACCUAAGUGAAGACGACACUACCCAUGAAGAAACAAUGGCAAUAGAGAACGAGCCCCUAGCCACAGAUGUGAUAUCGACGACAGAUGUUAAUACAACACCGAAAGCAAGCAAAAAGUCUGAUAACAAUACACCACAUUUAACGUAUGAAGCAACUAGAAAGGUUUUGUUGAGUAAAGACCUACAGUACACAGUAUCGAACCAGGGUGGAUUACAAUCUAUAUACAAUCGGUACAUUUACAACCUGCGGUACGUGGGCAAGAAGAAUGGCAAGCGAUUCUGGCGAUGCGUUCAAUACGCCAACAGUAAAUGUCCGGCCAACAUAUGUACGGACGACAACAAUACUGUUACGAAAAGAACAUUCAAACAUAACCAUCCAUUUGAGGAUACAAAAAUACUUAAGAAAUUAAGCAGCUGUAAUAUAUUUUCACAUUUCCAUCAAGCUGAGACUAAAGCUGAAUCAAGGAAGAAAGACAGACAGAUGUCCAAUAUCUUAGAAAUUGAUGAUCGUAAAUAAUAAAUAUGUAUUUACAAAUUCACUUGUUGUUUUAAGUCAUCA